AUGUCAAGAGGCCUUUUUCAUAGAGUAAUAGCUCAAAGUGGUGUAGCCAUUCAUGAUGUGGGUGUCGAUGCGAGAGCAAGGGCUUUUAGGGCUGGAAAGAUUCUAGGAAUCGAUACAACAUCUGAAAAAGAUUUGCUAGAUUAUCUUAGAAAAUUAGAUGACAAGCGUCUCGUGAACCUAACUGUUGCUACACUAACACCUGAUGAGAUGUUGAGGGGACCGCCAGCUCAAUUCGUUCCAGUUAUUGAGAAAAGAUUUCGCAAUGUUGAAGCAUUCAUAAAUGAACAUCCAGUAAAAAUGUUAGUCGAAAAUAAGAUAAACAAAGUACCUUUAAUGAUCGGAUAUAAUUCCGCAGAAGGUUUGAUAGCUGUGGAUUUUCAAGCGACUCUGUUGGAUAUUUACAAUAAAGAACCGUCUUACUAUAUUCCCAAAGAGGUUGUAGAUAGAGUAACUACAGAACAAUUAAAGAACCUAGGAGAUAGGAUAAAAAAAUUCUACGUUGGAAAUGGGAAUUUUACAACAGACGAUUUAGAUACAAUUGCUGAUUUGAUAACAGAUUUACAUUUCUCACGUCCAACGCCAUCCAACUACUUUGGAGUAAAUUGGAAGCCAUAUACAAAACAAGGGAAGGAGUAUUUUAAUAUUGAGGAACCUUUUUCUAUGGGAAACUAUGCUGAUAGAAAGAGAAUGGAGUUCUGGAAUAGUAUUUAUGCUGAAGCUGGGUUACCGAAUAUAUCCAAUUAA